AUGGCAUUGAUGGAUGCAAUAGACAGUGAAAUAAAGUUGCCUGAAAGAGAUAUAGAUAAACCGUUCUUGAUGAGUGUGGAAGAUGUAUUUUCAAUAACGGGAAGAGGAACAGUAGCAACAGGAAGAGUAGAGAAAGGGAAAGUAAAAGGAGAUAUUAAAAUGCCACCAAAGAAAGUAAAAACACAGAUUAAAUUACAAAUACCUGCAGGAGCAGCAAACCCUGCACCACCGGUUGGACCUGCACUUGGACAACAAGGUCCUGUAUCAUUUAUGCAGGUAUUUAAUGCGGCUACGGAAGCCAUCAAGCAAGGCGGAACCAGAAGAGGAGCAAACAUGGGGAUGCUCAGAAUUGAUCAUCCUGAUGUAAUGAAAUUUAUUGUUUGUAAAGAUGUUGGUACACAACUUACAAAUUUCAAUAUAUCGGUUGCUUUAACAAAAGAGUUUAUGGAAGCAGUUGAAGACGACGAAGAUUACAAUUUAUAUAAUCCAAGAACAAAAGAAGUUGUGGGAAGAUUGCAUGCAAGAAAAGUUUUUGACAAAAUAGUUACACAAGCAUGGAAAAACGGUGAACCGGGAAUAGUGUUUAUAGACAGAAUGAAUGAAUAUAAUCCUACACCUGAUAUUGGAACAAUAGAAUCAACAAAUCCUUGCGGAGAACAGCCGUUACUUCCUUAUGAAGCAUGUAAUUUAGGUUCCAUAAAUUUAUCGCAUUUUGUAAAAAACGGUAAAAUAGAAUGGAAAAGAUUGGAAACCAUAGUUAAAUCUGCAGUUCAUUUUUUGGAUAAUGUUAUAGAUAUGAAUAAUUAUCCAAUCACAAAAAUUGGUGAAACAACAAGAGCAAACAGAAAAAUAGGUUUAGGUGUUAUGGGUUGGGCAGAUAUGUUGUUUCAAUUAAAAAUGCCUUACAAUUCUCCGGAAGCAAUACUUUUAGCGGAAAAAUUGAUGAAUUUUAUAGAAACAAAGUCUCAUCAAGCUUCAGAAGAGAUAGCAUUGCAUAGAGGAGCUUUUCCUAACUUUAAAGAAAGUAUUUAUAAAGACGGCAAUCCUAUCAGAAAUGCUACCACAACAACAAUUGCACCUACAGGAACAAUUGGUAUUAUUGCAAAUGCUUCAGGUGGUGUGGAGCCAAUAUUUGCAUUGGUUUAUAAAAGAGCAAAUUGUUUGGAUAAAACGGAAAUGUUUAUUGUAAAUCCUUAUUUUGAAAAAGCUUUAAAAGAUGCGAAUAUUUAUUCAGACAAAUUAAUGGAAAAAGUUGCAAAAGAGGGAAGCAUCAAGCAUAUAAAAGAAAUUCCGGAAAAAAUUAGAAGAGUUUUUGUUACGGCACACGAUAUUUCUCCUGAAGAUCAUAUUAGAAUGCAGGCGGCAUUUCAAAAGUAUACGGAUAAUGCAGUUUCAAAGACGGUAAAUUUUGCACAUGAUGCAACAAAAGAAGAUGUAAGUAAAGCAUAUAUGUUAUCUUAUAAGUUGGGUUGUAAAGGUGUGACUGUUUAUAGAGACGGUUCAAGGGAAGAUCAAGUGCUGGUUUCGGCAAAUUCUACUCCCGAUAAAAAAGAACAAACAGGUGUUUUGGCUCUUCCGGUAAAAAGAGAAAGAUUGAGACCUAAAAAAAUUACCGGUUCUACAUUGUUGAUGCAUACAGGUUGCGGAAAAAUGUAUGUUACAAUUAACGAAGAUAAUGAGGGUGUAUUUGAAGUGUUUACGCAACUUGGAAAAUCCGGAGGAUGUCAGGCAACACAAUCGGAAGCCAUAGCACGGCUUAUAUCUUUGGCUUUAAGAUCCGGAGUAGAUACGGCAAGAAUAGUUGCUCAGUUAAGAGGUAUAAGAUGUCCGUCACCUACACUUACGGAAAAUGGAGCGAUAUUGUCUUGUCCUGAUGCAAUAGCAAAAGCUCUUGAAUCUUAUAUUUCUGAAAAAGAUGAACCGAAUUUGUUUGAUACUUCAGAUACAGUGACACCGACAGUGGCAAAAAAUAGUGAAGAAAAAGUUAAAACAUAUAAACCUUCACCUUCAGGAAAUAGUGAAGGGGCAUGCAGACAAUGUCCUGAAUGCGGAGAAAUGUUGGAAUUUGCGGAAGGAUGUGUGGAAUCAAAAGCACUGAAAUCUUUGGAAGCACUUGCAAAGUCUAUGACGACACAAGCUGUAGUUUUAAGAGACGGUCAAAGAAUGCACAUUGAUUCUUCCGAAGUUGUUCCGGGCGAUAUUUUAUAUUUUAUUUCCGGAGACAAAGUUGCCGCCGAUAUAAAACUUAUCUCGUCAAGAGAAUUGCAAAUAAAUGAAUCUGCUUUAACGGGUGAAUCUUUGCCUGUAGAAAAAAACAUAAACACUUUACCGUCUUCAACAGUUCUUGCAGACAGAAAAAAUAUGUUGUAUGCUUCAACACUUGUAACUUACGGUAGCGGUAAAGGUAUAGUUGUUGCAAUAGGUGACAAUACGGAAGUCGGGAAAAUUUCUCAACUGAUUUCUUCCACGGAUGCACUUGAUACUCCUCUUACACAAAAGAUGUCAAAGUUUAGUACAUUUUUGGUUUAUUUGAUAAUGUCUAUGGCGGCGGUUACAUUUAUAUUUGGAAUUAGUCAUGGUCAACCUUGGAAAUUAAUGUUUACGGCAGCCAUUGGUCUUGCAGUUGCCGCAAUACCUGAAGGAUUACCUGCGGCAAUGACGAUAACACUUGCAAUAGGUGUUUCAAGAAUGUCUAAGAAAAAAGCCAUUAUCAGGAAAUUACCUGCAGUAGAAACGCUUGGCAGCACUACCGUUAUUUGUUCCGAUAAAACAGGAACUCUUACCGAAAAUCAAAUGACGGUUGUGGAAAUGUUUACCGAUGGAAAAAUAUUUACCGUAUCGGGAACGGGAUAUGUUUUUUCGGGACAAAUAAAAGUAAAAGAAACCGAUACCAUUAUAGGAUUGGAAUAUUCAAAAUCGUUUAAGUUAUGUUUACAAGCAGGUUAUUUAUGUAACGAUUCAAAAAUAAUUAGUAUUGACGGACGAAACGAUGUUCAAGGAGAUCCUACAGAGGGUGCCUUAAUAGUUUUGGGAGCCAAAGCAAACCUUAAUAACGAACUUUUGGAAGAGUUCCCACGGCUUGAUACCAUACCUUUUGAAUCUCAAUAUCAGUAUAUGGCAACAUUACACAAAAACACUAAUACAAACAUUGCAUUUGUAAAAGGGGCUUUGGAAAAAAUUACGGCUAUGUGUUUGUAUAUGCUUGAUGAAAAAGGAAAUAAAAUUGAAUUUAAUAAAGAACAAAUAUUAAAAGUUGCAAAUGAUAUGGCAACAAGGGGGCUAAGAGUUCUAUGUUUUGCUUAUAAAGAUAUUGAUUCAAACAGUUCCCAAAUUAAACAUGAAGAUAUAGCGACAGGAUUAACAUUUGUGGGACUUCAAGCAAUGAUAGAUCCUGCAAGACCUGAAGUUAUAGAAGCGGUAAAAAAGUGUCAUAGUGCCGGAAUAAAAAUAAAAAUGAUUACGGGAGACCAUGCUUUAACUGCUUCAGCAAUUGCAAAAUCUAUAGGAAUAGUUCAAGGUGAAAAACCAAACUAUACUGCAAUGACAGGUAAAGAGCUUGAACAAUAUGAUGACAAACAAUUAAAAGAUAUAGCAACAAACUAUUCUGUUUUUGCCAGAGUAACUCCCGAACAAAAGUUAAGACUUGUAAGAGCAUUGCAGUCUCAAAACAAUAUUGUUGCAAUGACGGGUGACGGAGUAAAUGAUGCUCCUGCACUUAAACAAGCAAACAUUGGUAUAGCAAUGGGAAUUACGGGAACUGAAGUUGCAAAAGAGUCUGCAGAUAUGGUUCUGACAGACGACAAUUUUGCUUCAAUAGUUGCGGCUGUUGAAGAAGGAAGAUGUGUGUUUGAUAAUAUAAGAAAAUUUAUUAUUUGGACAUUGCCUACAAAUAUGGCACAAGGUAUUGCCAUGAUGAUGGCAAUAUUUUUAAACAGAGAACUUUUACCUAUUUUACCUGCACAAAUUCUUUGGAUAAAUAUGUCAACGGCACUAUUUUUGGGAAUGAUGUUAUCUUUUGAACCGAAAGAAGAA